AUGGCUCGCCUGUGGCUCGAAGUCAUGCAAGAGGUAUGUGUGCAUGAGGUGUCUGGUUCACCUGCUGGGUCGUACGGAAAGGUGGUGCUGAAAUUCCUGCACGGCGGCCCUGCUGGGAGCCUGGCUGUGCGACGGGGAUUGGAUCGCCUGAAGAGACGGCUCGCCUGUGGCUUGAAGUCAUGCAAGAGGUAUCAUGGGUACCUGUGGGGUAUGCGUGCAAGGGCGGAUGUGGUAUGCAUGCUUGAGGUGCGUGAUCAGUGGGAGGAGGGAAUCGCCAUCCCGCAUGUGUUUGCAGACAUGGAGGGGGCGGACGUGGGCGUGUGUGGGCGUGCUGCAGCAAUGGCAGGUGCUCGACUGUUCACGAUCGGUGGGAAGAGGGCAUCGCGAUCCCACACGUGUAUGCAGACAGGGAGGGGCCCGACGUGGGGGUGUGUGGCGUGCUGCAGCAGUGGCAGGUGCUCAACUGCGCCGUGGCCCGGAAGCGACAUUCAGAACAACCAGAAGCUCCAGAAACACCUGUUGCGCCUGCAGCAGGGGGCUUCCCCAUCUUAUGCCUCACCAGAAGUUUCCUUUUCAUCCCUCACCAACUCCCCACUUUGGCAGGUUCGCUAUCGGUGGGAGGAGGGGAUCGCCAUCCCGCACGUGUUUGCAGACAAAGAGGGGCCGGACGUGGGCGUGUGUGGUGUGCUGCAGCAGUGGCAGGUGCUCACUGCGCCGUGGCCCAGAAGCGGCAUAGGCAUUCAGGAGCACCUGCCUCACGUGAAUUGCCCUUUCUCAUGCUCUACAAAUUAUUCCCUGUUCGCGCUGCAGGUUCGCGAUCGGUGGGAGGAAGGAAUCGUGAUCCCACACGUGUAUGCAGACAGGGAGGGGCCGGACGUGGGGGUGUGUGGCGUGCUGCAGCAGUGGCAGGUGCUCAACUGUGCCAUGGCCCGGAAGCGGUGGCGCAGGGCACGAGUGCGGGAUCGGUGGGAGGAGGGGAUCGCCAUCCCACACGUGUUUGCAGACAAAGAGGGGCCGGACGUGAGCGUGUGUGGCGUGCUGCAGCAGUGGCAGGUGCUCAACUGUGCCAUGGCCCGGAAGCGGUGGCGCAGGGCACGAGUGCGGGAUCGGUGGGAGGAGGGGAUCGCCAUCCCACACGUGUUUGCAGACAAAGAGGGGCCGGACGUGAGCGUGUGUGGCGUGCUGCAGCAGUGGCAGGUGCUCAACUGGCAAGAUUGUGGCAGUGAAACAGGGGGGAUGCGCCUGCUGAUGACAGGGGCGCGCAUGUGUGUGCCGGAGGUGCAGGAUGGGCUGCUGAUCACGAGCAUGUACAUAGCAGAGCUGGAAGAGGCCGUCAUGCACACCGGCAGCCUCAACAUCGCCCACAAGAGGCUCUUCUCCGACAUGCAGGCGUUCAAGAAUGGGAGGAGGGGGAGCGGAGGGAGGAGUGGGAGGGAUGCGGGAGGCACAGGAGGGGAGGGUAACGAUUCUAGUGGCUCGAGUGAUGAGGAGGGAUGUGUGCAAGGAAAGGGAGAGCGCAGCACGAUUGGAUACCUGAGCACACGCAUGUCAGGCCCAGACAACAAGUGGAGGCUGUAUUGGAGCGAAGCCAAGCCCAUGCCAGCCCUCCUGCAGCCGCCUCUCUUCGACGAGUGUGAGGCCGGGUGUCUGUGGGGCGCUCGGCAGCGCUUCAAGUGGCCCCCUUCCUGCAAAACGGCAGCAGCAAGACCUGGUGUCUGUGGGGUGCUCGGCAGCGCUUCAAGUCACUCCUUUUGUGCGGGACAGCAGCAGCAGCAGCAAGGCCCGUGCUUCAAGUCACUCCCAUUUGUGCGGGACAGCAGCAGCAGCAAGGCCCGGUUGGAGGAUGCUGUGAAGACAACCGCCAUCCUCCCUUGCCUCUCUGUUUGCCACCUUCCCAGGUGUCUGUGGGUUGCUCGGCAGCGCUUCAAGUGGCUCCCUUUGUGCGAGAGAGCAGCAGCAAGGCCACAUUGGAAGAUGCUGUGA